AGCGGCCGCAGCUUGGGCGCUCGCGCGGGGUCGUGAAGUGCCGGCUGCUCCGCUACCGUCAGGUAUGAAGAGCUGGGGUCUUGCAGCUGCCUCCUCCUCGUUCCAGCGCCAUGGAAUGCCUGCGGAGCCUGGCCCAGCUCCAGCCCCGCGCGGUGAGGUUGCCCCGGCGCACCCUGUGCUCUCUGGCCUUGGGCUUGACCCCCGGGACUCGCCCCGUUGCCGCCUGCGGCCGCGCUGCCCAACUGCUCGGAAGGAGGUGGGCCGCGCCGCUGUACGGGCCCCGCCGGCUCCCCACGACAGGUGAAAUUCACCGGUUUAGAACUUCUGAUGUCUCUCAAGCCACUUUAGCCAGUGUAGCCCCGAUGUUUACUGUGACAAAAUUUGACAAAGGGGGAAAGGUUACUUCUUUUGAAAAGAAGAAAACUGACUUAUAUCAAGAAUUAGGUCUUCAAGCCAGAGAUUUGAGGUUUCAGCAUUUAAUGAGCAUCACAACCAGAAACAAUAGGAUUAUCAUGAGAAUGGAGUAUUUGAAAGCUGUGAUAACUCCAGAGUGUCUUCUGAUACUAGAUUAUCGUAAUUUAAAUUUAGAGCAGUGGCUGUUCCGGGAGCUCCCUUCACAGUUGGCUGGAGAGGGUCAACUUGUCACAUACCCUUUACCUUUUGAAUUUAGAGCUAUAGAAGCACUCCUGCAGUAUCGGAUCAACACUCUUCAGGGGAAACUUAGCAUUUUGCAACCAUUGAUCCUUGAGACAUUGGAAGCUUUAGUGGAUCCCAAACAUUCUUCCAUAGACAGAAGCAAACUGCACAUCUUACUACAAAAUGGCAAAAGCCUGUCAGAGUUAGAAACAGAUAUUAAAAUCUUCAAAGAGUCCAUUUUGGAGAUCUUGGAUGAAGAAGAGUUGCUGGAGGAGCUCUGUCUGACAAAGUGGAGCGACCCACAGGUCUUUGAAAAGAGCAGUGCUGGGAUUGACCAUGCAGAAGAGAUGGAGUUGCUGUUGGAAAACUACUACCGAUUAGCUGAGGAUCUUUCCAAUGCAGCUCGGGAACUUAGGGCACUGAUUGAUGAUUCACAGAGUAUCAUAUUCAUCAACUUGGACAGCCACCGUAAUGUGAUGAUGAGGUUGAACCUACAGUUGACCAUGGGAACCUUCUCUCUUUCGCUCUUUGGACUAAUGGGAGUUGCUUUUGGAAUGAAUUUGGAAUCUUCCCUUGAAGAGGACCAUAGAGUGUUUUGGCUGAUCACAGGAAUUAUGUUCAUGGGAAGUGGCCUCAUCUGGAGGCGUUUGCUGUCAUUCCUUGGACGACAGCUGGAAGCUCCUUUGCCUCCUCUGAUGGCCUCUUUACCUAAAAAGACACUGCAGGCAGACAGAAGGACGGAAAUGAAACACAGCUUCAGGCCGGAUGGACUUGAAUCAAGCAGGAGUGUCCUAACAAACCGUUAGGCACAACCCGGUGGAAACUGAAUUAUUUUUUUAUGGUAGUCACAGGAGAAUUAUGAUAUUCUUCUAUUAUUUUCUUUUAUAAGAGUCAGAGACUUGGGGAAAAACCACUGACAUUUAAAUUAUAGUGUCUGAUGUUAAAAAUAUUAACGGCAGUCACAGUACUAGAACUUAAUUGCAUUUUCAGGAUUCUGAGUAAAGAAGCAAAGCGCUUGCUUUGUAAAACGCCAAAGUUUUAUUUCCUACAAACUUAAGAGAUUAACUUAACACAAGAAUAGAUUGUGGUAUCAAUUUUAAUUUAUACAUGUCAACAAAAGUGCAACCUCAUGCCAAAUGAAGCCUGGAAACUUGACAAGCCCACAGUUAUGAGACCAGGUUGCCAUAGUUCUUAGUACAAGGAAUCACAUUCUUGUGAAUUUGUCACUCUCAGGUGACUGAAAAGCUAGCAGAAUAUAUAUUAACCUUAAAACAAACUCUGCGAGUUUGUGCUUUAAACCAGUCUUUGACAUAACCUUAUUUUCUUGUAUUUGCCCCCCUUUUAUAUAAGGAAUAAAAAAAGGAAAUGAGUUUAAUGUCAGCUUUAUAUAGGUUCCAGUUAAUCAGAAUUUUACUUCCUCAGCCAAUGAAACUAUUUUUCUUUGCUUGACUAUAAUUAAAGCUUUUGGGAAUUGA